UUUUUGGUAACAAGCCCACAAGACAUUUAGUGGACUAAGCUGUAUUGACCCAACUAUCUUCCUCCCCUCGAGCUCGAAUCAUCGCCGUCACGCUCUCCUCUCCUCGCCUGAGAAUCCAAAACAAAAACCUUUCACCACCGUCUCUCUCCGGGAACCGCAACUCCAAAAAUGCACAGUGAAGUUGUUGAAGUGAAACGCGUGUUCAUCGGAGCAGGAUGCAACAGAAUAGUCAACAACGUUUCCUGGGGUGCUUCUGGUUUAGUCUCUUUUGGAGCUCACAACGCCGUCGCCAUCUUCUCCCCCAAGAGUGCUCAAAUUUUGACUACUCUUCCUGGUCACAAAGCAGUUGUGAAUUGCACUCACUGGCUCCCUACCAGCAAGUUUCUAUUCAAGGCUAAAGGAUUGGAGCAGCACUAUUUGUUAUCUGGAGAUGCAGAUGGUGCUAUUAUUCUGUGGGAACUGUCUCUUAUUGAUGGGAAGUGGAGACAAGUAUCACAACUGCCACAAUCACACAAGAAAGGUGUUACAUGCAUUAAUGGACUUAUGGUUUCUCAAACUGAGGCAAUGUUUGCAUCUACUUCUUCAGAUGGCACUGUUUGUGUUUGGGAGCUGGUAUUUCCGCUGACUAGCAGAGGUGACUGUAAACUUUCAUGCCUGGAUUCUUUCUCUGUUGGUUCUAAAUCUAUGGUAGCGCUAUCAUUGGCGGAAUUGCCUGGAGGUGGUGGGCAAAUCGUCCUUGCAAUGGGAGGAUUGGAUAACAAGAUUCACCUUUAUUGUGGUGGAAGGACAGGAAAGCUUGUGCAUGCAUGUGAGCUAAAAGGGCAUACAGAUUGGAUCCGGAGUUUGGACUUCUCAUUACCUAUCAGCAUCAAUGGGGAAGUAAACAAUAUUUUUCUGGUGAGUUCAUCACAAGAUAAAGCCAUAAGAAUUUGGAAGAUGGCAUUAGUUAGUUCCGUAUCCAAUGGACAUGGCAUAUACAAGAAGGAAGAAAUGAGCUUAUCAUCCUAUAUAAAGGGUCCUGUACUUGUGGCUGGUUCAUCCUCUUUUCAGAUAUCCUUAGAAUCUCUUUUAAUUGGACAUGAGGACUGGGUAUAUUCGGUGCAGUGGCAACCCCCGGUGGAAAUGGAAGGGAAUGCCUAUUAUCAACCACAAAGCAUUCUAUCUGCAUCUAUGGACAAGACUAUGAUGAUCUGGCAACCCGAAAAGACUUCUGGUGUCUGGAUGAAUGUAGUCACUGUUGGGGAACUAAGCCAUUGUGCUUUGGGUUUCUAUGGUGGUCAUUGGAGCCCAAAUGGAGAUUCAAUUUUAGCACACGGAUAUGGUGGAUCUUUCCAUCUUUGGAAAAAUGUUGGUUAUGAUAACUGGCUGACGCAAAAGGUUCCUUCUGGUCAUUUUGCAUCUGUGACUGAUAUUGGAUGGGCUAGAUCUGGUGAUUACAUUAUGUCAGUCAGUCAUGACCAGACAACUAGAAUUUUUGCUCCGUGGAAAGUUGAGGCUUCUCUCCAAGAUGGAGAAUUUUGGUAUGAGAUAUCUCGCCCUCAGGUUCACGGUCAUGAUAUAAACUGUCUGGCAGUUGUUCAUAGUAAGGGAAAUCAUCGUUUUGUUGGUGGAGCUGAUGAGAAAGUUGCCAGAGUGUUUGAAGCCCCAUUAUCAUUUUUGAAAACAUUAAAUAAUGCCACUUUGCAGAAGUCUUCUUCUGAUGAUGUUUUGAACGGCGUUCAGAUUUUGGGUGCAAAUAUGUCAGCUCUUGGACUAUCACAGAAACCUAUUUAUGCUCAAGCUGUGAACGAGGCAUCUGAAAGAAAUGGGACUGAUGGUAUUGACACUCUUGAAACUAUUCCGGAAGCAGUUCCAACUGUGUUCACUGAACCUCCAAUUGAAGAUCAACUGGCCUGGCAUACACUCUGGCCUGAAUCACACAAACUCUAUGGUCAUGGAAAUGAACUAUUUUCUCUAUGCUGUGAUCAUAGGGGUGAGCUUGUUGCUUCUUCAUGUAAGGCCCAAUCUGCGGCUGUGGCAGAGGUAUGGCUCUGGCAGGUUGGUUCAUGGAAAACAGUUGGCCGCUUGCAAUCCCACAGCUUAACGGUGACUCAAAUGGAGUUCUCACAUGAUGACAGAUUUCUCUUGACUGUCUCUAGAGAUCGCCAGUUCUCCGUUUUUACAAUCACAAGAACAGGUUCUGGUGAAGUUAGUUAUAGUCUACUCGCGAGGCAGGAGGGGCACAAGCGGAUUAUCUGGUCAUGUUCUUGGAACCCACAUGGUCAUGAAUUCGCAACAGGAUCACGGGAUAAGACAGUGAAAAUCUGGGGUGUAGAGAAGGAAUCAUCAGUUAAACAGCUUCUGACUUUACCUCAAUUUACGAGUAGUGUGACAGCAUUAUCUUGGGCUGGUCUCCAUGAUCAGAAAAACGCUGGAAUUCUAGCUGUGGGAAUGGAAAAUGGCCAAAUAGAACUGUGGAGCCUGUCUUAUAAUAGAGCAGAUGAUGGCAGCAUUACAACUCCAGGUUUGGCUGCUGCUCUUCUUGUACGUGUAGAUCCUUUUAUAUGCCAUGCCUCUACUGUGAACCGGUUGGCAUGGAAGAAAAGUGAGGAAGAUCACUUGAGCAUGCAACUUGCUUCUUGUGGUGCUGAUAAUUGUGUAAGAGUGUUUGAUAUAAAUGUUGUUGAGUAAUUAGAUUAUUUUCAACCCUUAUCUUUUAAUAUAUCUCUUAGAAUGAUUUUCUUUUCUUA